ACUUUCAACAGCACUCUUUGCCAAAUGCAACUUCAAUGAUUGAUCAAUUUGACGUCAUGACAUCAACACCACUCAUCUUUUCACCUCAAAAUUUUCCUAGUUUUGAUCUUCUUUCACAGAUGAAAGCAUUCGGUUCACAUACACCGGCGGAAAACGUGUUAACUGGAUUUUCGAAUGCCCUCUCGACAGAUGUCCAAACAGACAUCGUUCAUCACUUUGUCAACAGACGCACCAAAGGCUGCUACUUGGAGUCCUUUGACAGGAAACUGCAAGCUCUGAUGCCUGAUCUGAUCGUUGACUCUACACCUACUGAAACGGAUUCGACACAACGCCAUGAUGCUGGAGCCUUCAAGUUCCUGAAGCUCAUAAUGUUCAUGGCUUCGAAUAACAUGCUCGACCCUGAAUUAAACAUCAGUAGCAAGGUCUUUCGAACAUUUCAGCAUAAGCGAUAUCAUCAUCUCGUUGAAUAUCUGGCAUCACUGAAAGGACCAGCGGCUGAAGCCUUGGUGGAAAGCCUGUUUCGGCUUGCAAUGAACGCUGAAGACUUUACUACAGCACAGCGCUUCAUCAAAAGCGGUUUGAACCCAAAUGAACAAGUUAUUGUCGACCAAUACGCGGUGUCGACGUGAAUAGGUCACUUUCUUCAAAAUCUCCCAUGGUCAGAUUCAUGGCUAAUUGGACCGAAAAUCUCGACGACAUCAAAGACCAGAUUGAUGUCGACGUUGUGAAGCUGAUGGUUGAGGCC